AUGUAUUUAGAAUAUGACAGGUAUAUCGCUAUCUGCUGCCCGCUGAGAUAUGGAGCCAUUAUGACUACCAAUAACUUGGUGAAAAUCAUAACUGGGAUGUGGCUUUUAAAUUUUAUUCUUAUAACUGUAGUUUUCUCCAUUCUGGUACCUUACAGGAUUUGCCAGACACACAUGACAGAUCUAGUCUGCUAUAAGACCGCAUUAAUGAAACUCUUAUGUGACGGCACAGAGGUGAACAAUAUCGUUGGGUUAAGUUGCAUCAUUUUUUACCACGGCCUUUCACUUUCUGCUGUGGCAUUUACAUACAUUCAUAUAUUAAUCACUUGUGUUACUAAUAAGCAGUCUGAUGCAAAGAUUAAGGCACUUCAGACAUGUGGUACUCAUUUGGUCGUCUUCCUGUUGUUAGAGUUUAACACACUGUUUCCUAGUGUUGCUCAUCGAUCUGAGUUUGUUCCCGCUUUCCUACGCAGAGUUGUUUCUAUUUCCAAUUUUGUCUUUCCUCCUCUUGUGAAUCCACUUAUUUAUGGUUUUAAAACCAAAGAGAUCAGACAAAAAAUUUUCACCCGUUUCAAAAACAAGAAGAUAAGCAGUUUCUGA